AUGUUCCCACCAGCACCUGGCGCCCAGGGUGGCGCCAACGGUUCUGCAGCCCUGCUGGCCCUGGCGACAACAGGCCAGCUGCGCUGGGCCUCACUUCUUAUUGUCAUGGUGAUCAUCCCCACCAUCGGAGGAAACAUCCUGGUCAUUCUGGCUGUCUCCCUAGAGAGGAAGCUACAGAAUGCCACCAACUACUUCCUCAUGUCCCUGGCAGUGGCAGACCUGCUCGUGGGCCUUCUGGUGAUGCCCAUCGCUCUCAUCACCGUGCUCUACAACUCUGGGUGGCCUCUGCCUGAGUUCCUCUGCCCCAUCUGGCUCUUCCUGGAUGUCUUGUUCUCCACAGCCUCCAUCAUGCAUCUGUGUGCCAUCUCCCUGGACCGCUACAUCGGCAUCAAGAAGCCAAUUCAGCACAGUCAGUUUAAGUCUCGGGCCAAAGCCCUGGCCAAAAUCGCUGUAGUCUGGCUCAUAUCCAUUGGUAUUGCUAUGCCCAUUCCCAUAAUUGGUCUGUGGAAUGCUCCUUUCCCAAACAACAUCACAUUCAACAGCAACCAUACAUGCCUGCUGAAGAUAGACAGUUUCAGGGAGUUCAUCAUGUUUGGCUCCCUGGCAGCAUUCUUCAUUCCACUUACCAUCAUGAUGGUCAUUUAUCUGCUGACCAUCCAUGUGCUUCGCAAGAAAGCUUACCUCCUCAAGUCUAGAGUGUCUGAGCGCUUCAAGAGGCCUGUCUUAACUACAGUCUCCCAGAGGGAGCUGUCAGGGAUUGCGACAUCACAGAACUCUGGAACACCAGAAGGAGCUAAAAGGGAUCAAACAGUAAACCAUGGAAACAUUCACACCAAAAAAGAAGAGGUUCCAAUUCGCAGGUUGUCCACCAUGGGCAAAAAAUCCAUGCAGAACCUCAGCAAUGAACAGAGGGCUUCCAAGGUCUUGGGAAUAGUCUUUUUAUUGUUUGUGGUCAUGUGGUGUCCUUUCUUCAUCACAAACAUUACAUCCGUUCUUUGUGAAAACUGCAACAAAAGCGUUGUGGGCCGGCUGAUGGAGAUCUUUGUUUGGGUCGGCUACGUGUCAUCCGGAAUCAACCCUCUGGUCUACACACUCUUCAACAAGACAUUCCGCGAGGCCUUUACUCGAUAUAUUACUUGCAACUACAGCGGGGUGAGGGCCCCGAAAAUGCAGCGUCGGAACCGAACUAGGAUUUCCUUCCACUCAUCCGUCACUGAGAACUCUAAACUUUUUAUGAAGAACGGCAUCAGCCCAGUGACUUACUCCAGCCCUUUGCGGCGGCGUCCUGCGCCGCCGCAAUCCUCCCCCAGCAUCCUGCUGGACACUCUGCUCCUUUCUGAGAACGAGAGCGGCAAACAGCAGGAGCAGGUCAGCUACGUGUAG